GUGUGACGUCAUAUUUGUGAGCCGCAGCAGUGGUGAGGACAUGACUUGUUGAGAUCACCAGUGUGGAUGUGAGCGUCUCGUACAUAAACUCCACACCUCCACCAUGUCGUCGUGUACACGGGCUCUGAGCGGGACCGUGACCUCCGCCCUCCGGGCUCUGCGCUCCACCAGCCGGGUUGUUGUGGUCGGCCCGGUGCGGAGACACGUGUCCUCACAGGCGGGGACAGACGGAGAGGUCCGCAUCGCCAGCGUCCUGAAGGAGAAGUUUCCCUCCGCGUCGUCCCUCAGAGUCGUGGAUAUUUCAGGUGGUUGUGGGGCCAUGUAUGAGAUUCAUAUAGAGUCCAGUGAAUUCAAGGGGAAAAGGACGGUGCAGCAACAUCAGUUAGUCAAUCAGGCACUAAAGGAAGAGAUUCAAGGAAUGCAUGGACUGCGAAUAUUCACUGACGUCCCAAAACAUUAGAGCAAGUCUUUCCACUGCUGACUCUCAGCUUUCUCCUUUUGUUCGCCGUAUGUCUAAUGAAUGUACAGUUUUAAAGAGGAUAUUGUGUAUUAAAUGAAUUCCAGGAUAUUUUUUAACUAGGGAGAUAUCUGCUCCUCUGAGAUUAUAUAUGUAAAACAAGUGAAGGCUAUGAUACGCACAAAAUGACUUGGUUAAAUGCAGGUACAAUGUCAAGUCUUCUUAGGGUUGACAUGAUGCUAGUUUAAUGAAACACAGUUCAGUAAAUAAUAAAUAUAAUCAUCUUAUGAACAGAGAAAUAUUACAGACCAUUGUUUAAAACUGAGGGACACUUCUGUUUGUGGACCUUUACUUUGCAAAAUCAUUCACACUGUGAUAACACUAUAUAUGUUACAGUCCAAUGAAAUGUGAUUGAUUUUCUUAAUUGGUUACAAUACAUUGGAUUGUACAUGGACCAUGUAUUUAUUCUACCUAUGCAUCGAUAAUAGGAGUUAUAAUAAAAAAGCAGCUGCUCUUCCCCUGCA